AUGGAUUAUCUGUUUUGGAGGAAGAAUAGCAUCAUCGAGCCAGAACAAGACAUGGAUCCUUAUCCCUGGAUAUUAUGGUAUAUUUGGAAGGCUAGGAAUGACAAACUCUUCAGGGGAAUAGAUAGAGAUCCUUUGGAGCUUGUUCGACAUGCAGAGAGUGAAUGCCAAGCCUGGUUUGAUGCUAACGAUGCGGUACAACCAGUGGUACAACCAGUGGUUCAAGAUAAUAUCCCUGAGGUAUCCCAAGUCAUACGUUUGGUUGGAGCUGCAUGGGAGACAGUAAAUGAGAGCGUGGAAGACAAAGGUCUUGCAGGGAGCAGCAAGAUACAGAGGUCACACAAAGACGUCAAACCAUCUAUCUUUAAGUUCAUAGAUCCUGUCGUGGAAAAUGAGCAGAAAGCAAUUGCGUUUUGGAAACGAAUUGCUGCUUAUUUUGGUUCAAGUCCACAGCUUGCCGGUUACCAAAAGAGAGACAAAACUUGCUGUAAAUCGAGGUGGGGGAACAUUAAUGAGGGUGUGUGCAAGUUUGUUGGUUGCUAUGAUGCUGCAACCAAACAAAAAUCGAGUGGCCAGAGUGAGGAUGAUGUACUGAAGAUGGCUCAUGACAUUUUCUUCAAUGAUUAUAAGAGCAAAUUCACACUUGAGCAUGCAUGGUUGGAGUUGAGGCAUGAUCAAAAAUGGUGUGGAGGUCUGGCGAGUAAAGAGAAUGUGAGCUCUAAGAGAAGAAAGCUUGAUGAUCAAUCACCACAGUCAUCAACGUCAGUGCCAUGUAGCCUUGGAGGAGAUGAACCAACGGCUCGGCCUGCUGGUGUCAAAGCUGCGAAGGGCAAAAGUAAAGCGGCUGUGAGUAAGGGUAAGACUUCUGAAGCAGAAGGGAAGUUGUGUGUUGACUUUCAGAACAUGUGGGAGAUCAAGCAAAAGGAUUUUGUAUUGAGAGACAAGCUUAACAAGCAGAAAUUGCUCGACUCCUUAAUUACCAAGACAGAGCCAUUAACUGAACAGAGAUUGCUUUGA